GGGCAGGAGUGAAUCUUGGGGGUGGAUCUUCUGAGGAACCCUGUUGGGGGAGGUCCCGGACAGAGGAGGAGUUUUUGUGUGGUGGCUCCCAUAGGGAAAGGAACCAGGAUCCUGGGGAAGAACCCUCAUGGGGAGGGAGCCUGGGCGGAGAUGGCCAGGAAUCCUGGUGGGAAUAAUCCUGGGGGAAGGCACCUGGACGUGGGGAGGGAGGAUCUCAGGGAAGGGAGUGGAACCUGCGUGAGGAUGAAUCUCACAUGGAGCCUUUGUGGAACAGACCCGAGGGAGGGGAGGAGAGGCAAGAUUCUAGGGACCAAGAGAGUCCAGAAGAAAUGGCUGUUGUGAAGUCUGAGAAGGAAGAAGAAAGUGCUUGUAGUAGAAGCAGUAGUAUUGGAGGCAACGGUGAGGGUCAGGAAUCCCAGCCUUCACCCCUGGCUCUGCUGGCAGCCACAUGCAGCAGGAUUGAGUCUCCCAAUGAGAACUCCAACAGCUCCCAGAGCCAGCAGGGGGGCGCAGGUGAGCUGGACCUCACAGCUGCUGCCGCUCAGCUUGCCCAGACGACAAAUGGUUGGCAAAUCAUUUCCACUGUCCCUGGGACAUCCACCUCCUCCAAGGAGCAAGGGAGCAAUGGCAGCGAGUCGUCACCAAAAAACCGACCGGUGACAGCUGGGCAGUAUGUGGUUGCUGCUGCCCCCAAUUUGCAGAAUCAGCAGGUGCUGACCAGUUUGCCUGGUGUUAUACCUAAUAUUCAGUACCAGGUGAUCCCACAGUUUCAAACUGUUGAUGGGCAGCAGCUGCAGUUUGCCACCACCCCAGCCCAAGUCAAUGUCCAACAGGAUGCCUCUGGCCAACUUCAGAUCAUCCCUGGGACAAAUCAACAGAUCAUUACAAACAGAGGCGGGACAGGCAAUAUCAUAGCCACCAUGCCAAAUCUGCUGCAGCAGGCUGUCCCAAUCCAGGGGGUUGGCUUGGCCAAUAACGCCCUCUCGGGACAAACUCAAUAUGUGGCAAAUGUCCCAGUGGCUUUAAAUGGUAAUAUCACCUUGCUGCCUGUCAGCAGCGUUGCCGCCAGUCUGGCGCCCACUUCUCAGACCGUCACUUUAAGUAGCUCUGGCUCUCAAGACAGCAGCUCUCAAAUAGCGACUUCUGGUGCUGCAAUCAGCUCUUCCAACAUAGUGACGUCCCUGGCCAGCUCUGGUGCUUUUUUCACCAAUGCCAACAGCUACUCUACCACGACCACCAGCAGUAACAUGGGUGUCAUGAAUUUUUCCAGCAGUGGGACCAUGGGGACAAACGUUCAGGUCCAGACACCCCAGAGGGUUAGCGGCAUUCAGAAUUCGGACUCUCUACAGAACCAGGUUUCUGGCGUGGCACUUCAGCAAGGUCAGCAGAAGGAUGCCGAUCAAAAUCAACAGUCCCAGCAGCAGAUCCUAGUACAGCCUCAGCUUGUCCAGGGGGGGCAAACCAUUCAGGCCCUCCAAGCUGCUCCACUCUCUGGCCAGACCUUUACCACCCAAGCCAUCUCCCAAGAUGCUUUGCAGAACCUUCAGCUUCAAGCACUCCCCAACUCUGGGCCAAUCAUUAUUCGAACACCUACUGUGGGGCCAAACGGGCAGGUCAGCUGGCAGACUAUUCAGCUGCAGAAUCUUCAGGUGCAGAAUCCCCAAGCUCAGACAAUCACCUUGGCCCCAAUGCAGGGAGUAUCUCUGGGGCAGACGGGGCACACCAACACGCUCACACCAAUAGCCUCUGCCUCGCUCCCCAGUGGCACUGUCACUGUGAACGCCGCUCAGCUGUCUUCUAUGCCAGGCCUUCAGACCAUUAACCUCAGUGCCUUGGGAGCGUCUGGAAUCCAGGUACAUCAGCUACAAGGGCUGCCGCUGGCUAUAGCAAAUGCCACUGGUGAUCAUGGUGCUCAGCUGGGCCUGCACGGUGGAGGGGGUGACGGAAUGGGAGACGAAAACGCUACUGUGGAAGAAGGAGAGACUAGUCCCGACCCACAGCCACAAGGCCGAAGGAUGCGGAGGGAAGCCUGCACCUGCCCAUACUGCAAAGACAGCGAAGGAAGGGGUUCUGGAGAUCCCGGUAAGAAGAAGCAGCACAUCUGCCACAUCCCGGGCUGCGGGAAGGUGUAUGGCAAGACGUCCCACCUGCGGGCUCACCUCCGGUGGCAUACCGGGGAGAGGCCUUUCGUCUGCAGCUGGAUGUUCUGCGGGAAGCGCUUCACGCGCAGUGACGAGCUGCAGCGGCACAAGCGCACGCACACAGGUGAGAAGAAAUUUGCCUGCCCGGAGUGCCCAAAACGCUUCAUGAGGAGCGAUCACCUGUCCAAACACAUCAAGACCCACCAAAACAAGAAGGGAGGCACAGCCAACAAUGUGGCCAUGAACGUCUCUGCAGUCUCCAUGGACACCGGGACUUCGGAGGGAAACAGUGGGCCAACCCCAUCGGCCCUCAUCGCAACCAACAUGGUGGCCAUGGAAGCCAUUUGUCCCGAGGGCAUCGCACGCCUUGCCAGCAGCGGCAUCAACGUCAUGCAGGUGGCAGAUCUUCAGUCCAUCAACAUCAGUGGCAAUGGAUUUUGAGACUGUGAGAACCACAAGACAUGGACGAUGUACAAAUCUGGGGUUCAAGGUAGUGUGCUGAGAGGGUAGGGUCAGUUACACCUUCUAGCACGAGAGCCCAGUUCCUCUCUGCCAGGAAUGCUACCUGAAAACAAGGCCCAGCGAUCGGCUCAGACCUCUGAGGCCCAGUGACUACAUGGGGAUGCCAGAGCUUUUUUUGACUCGACUUUCCCUCCUCCCCCAUAACUUCUCCCCUACAUUUCCCUCAGUAGCUACCCCUGAUGCCAACAUGCCUUGGUAAAUGUAUAUGAUCAUUGAAAUACUUUUUAGCGCAAAAAAAAAGAUUCUAUAUUAUUAUUAUUAUUAUAUAUAUAAAAAUAUAAAAUGUGUUCAUUUGAGCAAGGAAAAAAAUUGCUGCGACCAAAGUGUUUUUGGUCUAUUUUGGAUGCCUUAUCUUUGAACAGAUGACCCCGUGGGUAGUUAAUAAGACAAUACCCAAGCUGUUGUUCAGAUGCUAUAUUACAUUUUACAUUGUAACCUUAAAAAAAAUUAGCCUUUUGUAUGCUCUGCUUUUAGGUUUCUUUUUUUCCUUAAUUUUUUUAAUUAUUUGGGUGAGGUUUUCUUCAUAUAAAACAGUCACCCUCUUCCUUCCCUUCACCCCUUCGUUGCUUUAUUUUAAAUUGUAUUUGCUGCAGAGAUUCUCCUAUCCGACUUAUUUUAACCUUGCUCUUUCAUUCUGAGCGUAAGUGUACAUGUAAAAUUGAUUGUAAAGGUUUUUGUGCGGGUUCACUCGAGCUAUUUACCAGAAGAGGGUCCGGGACCCAUAAUGCAUUCUGAGAUUUUUGCGGGGGGGAGGGAAGGGGGAGUCUAGGGCAAAUUUAUUUUUCUGCAGUUGGUCUUAAAAACAAAACACCAAUGUCAGCGCGACCAGGGCUGGUGAGAUGAAGACACCUUGAGUGUCGAGUGGCAAAAAAUAAGGCACUAGCUGAAAAUGCAGUGGAGAAGAGACCACCGAUAACGUUGUGUCUAUUCAGAGUAACGUGCCUAGUCCGGUUAAAAUGUAGCGUGAAGGGAUGCCUGUUGGCAUCCCUAAUCUGAGGGUUACUGCAGAGCAGCUGAUGCUAGUGCAGAGGGUGUGUUGAAAUUGACUGUUGGUCAGACUGGCAGGCUGCUGGUACAUUUGUAAGUGGCAGGGCGUUUGCUGCCAGACAUGGACUUCAGGCAUAGGGUGCUUAGUGGACAUGUCACACGGCCCUGGGCUGGGGCUGUUUAUUAAUGGGAGGCGUGUCUCUUAUUCAGAUUAAAUCAUCACAUCAUCUUGCAGGAUUUUUUUUUCUUCCAACACUACAUUGCUUUUCUGGCUCCAAGGCUUCCCUUUUCUUUCAGAGAUUUCCAAACCAGUAAUUGGAAACAAAGGAAUUUCCCGGCCGUCUUUUCCUCUUAGUCUUUUUCAAGCCCAUGGUGGGCUAGUAGUACUGAACCCUGCUAGACUCCUCUGUCCAGCUCACUCUUUGUCCCCCGCCCUUCUCUUCCUGCUGCAGCCACAACAAAGUGGGUGUUCCCGAUGUCCCCUCUAUUUCCCCUAGCCCUUCUGUGAAGCCCAGUGGAAAGUCCUUACAACAGCAUAAAAUUGUAGGAAGAGGACCUCGUGCCCUGUAGACUAGGGGAGGCGGGGGGGUGUUCAGGAUUUAGAAUCCCUCCAGUUGAGAAUUCAGACACCUUCAUGUGUGUCACCCACCUCCCUCGGCCCACAAAUCAUCCUUGAUAAUGAAGUGUCAUUCAUGCACUCGUGCAUUUCAGCGCUUGGUGACUUUUUUAGUAAAUCUUUGGUUCAGAGACACCUGAUGGAAAGACAAGGGCUUGAAGAAUCCUCUAGGAAUAGGCUGAAUUUUAUUUAAUGAGGACGAUAAGCAGUGUUCGGGUGUGUUUUCAUAGAAAAAUAAAUACAGGAAACUGCCAUAUACUCCAACACCCUGGUGUUCGAUAGCUUAUUAGUGCAGGCAGGUGGUGGUGGUUUUAAUUUGUAAGAUGGAUCUUCUGUUGAAUCCCUUUGCUAGGGAAGGUAGAAACAUUGGGGUUUGCAUUAACCAGAAUCAAGGCUGAGCUGCGAUAGAGCCCUUGUCUGGGAGAGUGGGAGGGAAAGGUCUGUGUCUAAUAUGUGGAAAGGUUUUUAUAUUUGGAACUCUGUUGGAAAGUGUAGCAGUUUUGGAAGUUAAAAAUUAAAACCCCUUCGUAUGGGUUGCUGUUGAUUAUGUAACUAUAUCAAAUAUCUAUCAAAGCAUUUAAAACAGAAAUCUGGUGGUGUGUGCAGAGGAUAGCGUUAGGCCAGUGUUAAUUGUUCCUCUCAAAAAGAGGAAGGAAAGAGGUAAGUAGCAGGUGGGAGGGCAGAUAUUACAGCGGAGUCAAUGUGUCUCUUCACAUUUUGGUCCCACAGUUCUUGCUAAUUUUCAGCACACAUGGAGGUGUUGGACUCCCGUUUCAUGCUUUUUGCUGGGAGGCUUCUAGGGAGUUUUGUAUGCAUGUGCGUGGAAUUGCAGGAAGACACCUGUUUGGUAGGGAGAAACAACGUUGGAGUGAAAUAAAACUUUAUAUGAACCUGAAUCACACCUGUAAAUGGUGCUUACUUUCUCUCUAACUAAAAGCAAGUGUGAUUUUGCUGUAUAUUUUAUAUACACCUUGCAUAGAAACACUUCUUUUAACCUGUUCUACCUAAGGAGAAUACACUUGAAAUGAGGCAAAUGCCGUGUGCUUCGGGGCUUUAUAAGAAAGUUCAGGAAGAACGUCCAUUAUUAAUUAUUUCAAAAGCUCUCCUAGACCAGUUGCUGAGAGCACAGAGCCAGUUUUGAUAAGAACUAUUCAUUGGCACCAGCAUUGAGGUGUGCGUGGUUCUUGCUGGUUUCUUCCCUAUUCCAGUGUUUCUUGGAAAGGGAGGGAGAUGCUGCAUCAAGGCUUUUGGGUCAGGAAUAGCAAAUGAGACCACGGUGUUCCAAUCAAACAGAAGCUAACUGUGUGCCUCUCGGAAGAUUAUUGCUUGGACACUGCAGUUCUGGGAUCUAAGCAUCUGUCCUGUGUCAAACCGGCUGAGUUCUAGAGAACUGAAUUCUGGGCUAGGUUGGGAAACAGAUAUUAGUCAGACUAGUAUCAUGGGGAUAGCCAUAAAAGAUCAUUCUAAAAUGACCAGGGUCUUCUAUGCUGUUAGCUUACAAUACCACAGAUGGGCAACUUCUCUGUGAAUUCCCUUUUCUCUUCCACAAGGGCCAAAUUCUUUCCCCUCUUCAUGGGAUGUGAUGCAACCCAGAACACCAGGAGCGGGUAUUUGUAAUCAAGCUGCCAUUAAGACACACAGGCUGACCAUGGUUGCCAGGGUAGCUGGGCUCUGAAGAGCCGAUCACUCAGAAGUAACUUUUUUUAGUGUAAUGCAAACCUCAGCACUAAUCCGCAAUUGUCUUGUUUGCUUGAAAAUCCUGUUUUUUUAACUCUAUAUGCAAAUUCCCUGCAGCUGGGGGAUAUUACAGGUUCUCUUUUCAGAUCUGAGUUAAAUUUUUGGCAAGGUCUGUCUGUCAGCCAGCUCCCUUGUCUUCAUUCUGGGUGUGGCUUGCUCAUUUGGGUUUGGAGAGAGAUUUCUUCCACAGCGGGAUGUGAGAGUUUUGUACCUUUACCAGUUCAGGACUGCUUGGUGACCUUUCCUCACCAGACUCUGUGUCUUUGUUGUCAGAGCAUCAACAUGCCUUGUCAGUUUCAAACAGCAGUACCUCCCCUUUGCACCUGCAAAAGGCCUCCUUGUCUUCAAAGCAGGAAUUGGUGCAUGCCGGCAGGAGGCAAAAUCCUGCCAAACUGUGAAGUGUGAACACAUUUUUACCUUUUUAAAAAAUAAAUACAGGGAGGGAGGAAUCUUAGCUAUCACUGUAAAUUCCUCAGGCUGAUUUCUUUCAUCUCUCUAUCUCUAUUUUUGGAUUUGUAUAUUUUUAUAUAGGAAACUUUAAACAUUUGUAUUUUUUUAACAAUCUGUGAAGCACUAUAAAUUCCAGUUGUGUCAAAUGUCAAAAUCUUCCACAUCUUGUGAAUACUGGAAGCUACGGAUGGUUAGUAGAAAGCAGUGUUUAAAAAAAACAAACAAACAAAAAAAAA